AUGGAAGAAGACUCGGAAGACUUCGUCUUGAAGCUGUAUGCAGGCGGGAAGUUCAACUACUCAGAGAAAUUCCACAGUCACGAUGCCGAGAAUGGGUACAACUACGACAGGCAAGCGGAUGCAUCGGGCACAUGGCGGCUGGUUCGUCGAGAUGUAGGCAAGGAGGAUCUCGAAGAGGCGGUUUACCUCGAGGGAACUGCCACGCACCACACCGUGGAGAGCCACACACGAACGUACUACAAUGAAGACGACGAGCUCCCGGAGAACGUGGACGAGACCGCGACUGAAAGACUCACAUUGAGCUUUGCCAAGGCAGCGCUGCUGACGCCCGAUGCAGGACGGCACAGAAGAGGAGGCUGGACCGUGACGGACUUGCCGCCGGAAACACCGAAGACUGUGGACGCCGGGGCAGCCGGCUCGCAGAGCCAACUGAGCGCUUGGAACAAGCUCGAUUCCAAGGAGUCCAUGAUGCAAACCUACAACACCUACAUCCCUGGCCCGUACGAAAACUUUGCGGAGCAAGCUACAGAGGAGCGGGCCGAGAGCGGAGGAAACAGCGUCGGCCAAGGCACCAUGGGAGAGGGUGGUGGCGGCGGCGGUGGUGGCAGCAUGGUGCCGGGAGGAGGCCAUGAGAAGGGGUCCGGAUCUGGAGGGCUUCCGUGGGGCCAUGCCACGCCGAUUCACGGUUCUCCGAAGGACCAUUUCUACGAACACGGUGGCCAAGUGGGGUACGAGCCCUUCGCGCAGCCUUGGGUGUCCCAGUAUGCCACGGACGAAGGAGGGCACAACGCCUUCAGCUACGAAGGCAAAGAGUUCGCCAGCGGAGGCAUGGAAAUGGGCUCUGUGGGCGACUUUGCUGAGUACAUGCGGGAUUAUGCUCUCAAUUGGCUCCCUGAGAGCUCCCAAGCGCAGGUGGAGUCCGGAAAGUCCGACAAGUCCUCCAAGGCCGUCUCACUAGCUGCAAUGCCAGAGAAUGAGGUGGGAGGGGAGCCGGCGCAGCCUGAGGCGGAGAACUCCGAGGAGCACAGCUUCCCUGAGCCGUCCAUGCCCAUGCAACAACAGCUACCAGCAAGCGCCGAGCAGCCCGAAGUGCAUGCUUUGCAGGAGGACCCGGCCAUUGUAAGAGCAGAGGUCCAGGCGGCAGAGGAGGCCGCGAGGGCAGCGGCUGCCCUCCAGCAGUUGCAGCAAGCUGCAAAGGAUGGCGCAUACGCCCAAUGGACCCUGCGAAGGCAUGGUCUGCGCUCUGCGGCCACUGCGGAGUCGAAUCGCCGUGCACAGGAGCUCCAGGAUGCCAUGGCGAGGCUCAGGCAGGUCACCCAACAGCCGCUGACGCAGCAGAACGUGAAGGAGCUCGAGAAUGCAGGUCGCAGUGCUUCAGACGCCAUAAGCAGGCUCCAGGGGGCCGAGACCGCGGCUUUGCGCCAGCGGGCGACGGAGGCGAAGCGUCAGCUCCUGGAGGGUGCGAAGGGCUGGGUGGCCGGCAUCGAGCACCAGGCAAAGAGCCCGCAGCUUGCGCAGCAAGCCAAAGAGGCAGGUGAUCAGCUGGAAAAGUCGCUUACUGCCGCUCUCAGCGAAGCGACUCAGCGCACGGCGGAGGCCUCCAUGCAUCGCGCGGCAGAGCGUCGCGCCCUGCUUACGGGCAUCCUUUCGCAGGCUGCCGACAUGGCAUCGCCCGCCCAGACAGAUGAUGAAGCUGAGGAGGCGAAAGAGAAGGCGACUCCCGAGUCCUUCGUCGAGAGGUCCACUCCGACCACUCCGCUCCUUGAGCCCAAGAUGAAGGCAGUUUCGGGAGAGCUGCUCCUUGCCGGUGUCUGCGUGGUGGGUGCGCUUUAUGGCCUCGUCGGUUUCGCUCUUCGCCGCCGAACGGCUCCCAGAUCGGACUCGCGGGACAUCGCGCUGCUGACGAUGGCCUGA